CAUUGCCUCCCUGCCAUCUGCUGAGCUUUGAGCGCUGCAAGUUUCAAACCACCAGUAGGGAGAGGCACUAGAACCAACCGACCUAAGCAUGGCAUCCCUUCGCCCUUUGACUCGCCCUGUAAGUAGCUUGCCCAGGCCAUGGGCGGCGAAGCAGCUCGGUCAGCCUGCGAACUCCUCCACCCUCUUCCGCAACUCCUCAACGCUUCCUCGCCGGUCAGCUUCAGCCGCAAGCUCAAGCUCAGGGAAGGCCUCUGCUCGAGCCACUAGAGCAGGUGUGGCCUUCUCCCUGAUCCUCACCUUGGCCGUAGGUGCCUACUCGCUACACCGCUUCCCACUUCAUCUAGAAGCUGCACCUCACUCUCAGCAUGCAGCCGCAUCGCUCCUUCCUCCCAGCCAGACCUCCCAGGAGGAGGACUUUCACAUCGACUCCGCCACUUCUCAGAAGCUGCCGAGAAGAAUAGCGUCGCCUGCCUCUUUUGCUUUGGUGAAUGGCAGCGGCAAGGACGAUUCGCUCGUUCUUCUCGCGUCGGGAGUACGCACCGUCUCCUUCUUACGUGUACAGGUGUACGUUGCCGCCCUUUAUGUGCUCGAGCGGCCAUUUGAGGACUUUAUGAGAGGCCAGGGGAAGGCGAGUGGAAGUAGUGGAGAAAGCCUAGAGCAGACAAUGAGGCAGGCUUUGGAAGCGGGAGUGCCUAUGGUGCUCAAGAUUGUGCCCGUCAAGAAUACCGACUUUGCUCAUCUCCGAGACGGUUUCACGCGAGCUGUCCAGCUACGCCAAAAGUACCUGCGCAAGACCCCUACCCCACCGAGCGAAGAGCAAGAAGAGUCCCUCUCCCUCUCUCUGCAGCGCCUCAAGGAGUGCUUUCCCAAGGCUUCCCUCAAGAAGGGCGAGCACCUGGAUCUCGUCUUCCAACCCAGCCGCGUUACUGCUCCUUCUGCCGGCGCAGUGGGCGGGAAAGGUGUGGAUCUGACCUUUGAGCACGACAAGGUAGUGCUGGGGACUGUUCAGUACGAUACUAGAGGUGGGAAUAUGGACGUUGCUCGACUGUUGUUUCAGGCUUACGUGGCAGACAAGGAUCCAGUCUCAGAAGUGUUCAAGAAGGCGGUAUCGCAGAAGAUCUUCCCACCUUCGCAAUGAUUCGCAUCAUGCCCCUGUACCAUGUUCAUCAUACCCAAUCAUAGCCACUACCAAUUCCACCACUCUUUUUGCAUUCACGUCAAAGAGAUGUCUGCUUUCCUACUAUCCAUCAGACUUCAUUGAGGCCCCCCUCCACCUUCGAAAAGGUGGGAGGAAACUCUGGGCCAGAUAGCGAAAGGAAUCGUUGAACCA